AUGCUUGUUGUCACGAUGAUGAGCGUGACAAGAUCUCUGGGUGCCACAGAUGUCAAGGAUGCCAUGAUCGCCUGCUUCCUUGACCUCACUUCCGUGAACGUCAAGUCACUGAAGCUCGCUGUCAGAGAAGCUCUUCGUACGCCCUACCAUUUCACCGCAAAGAACAACAUCAUUUGGAGAGGUGAAAUGGUCUGCGAGCGCGGAGAUGUUCCUCAAAUCUGGAUGCUUGAGAAUAACAACCAGGCACGCGUUGAGACUUCCAGAGCAAGAGAUAUCAUGGCCAGACAUCACACAUGGUCUCGCCUUUUCAAAAGCUUGAAGCUGGUAGAGAAGGAUGCUGAGAUCAAAACUGAUCUCAACCACCGCUGUCCUGUUGCUCUGUACGAACUCCACAUGCAGCUCCUCGAUAGGCUGCUUGCGACCUCCGCUGUCGAGAUCCGCAAGAACCCUAAGCGUCGCACAGCUCGCUCCGAAGCACGAGUUCAGUUCAGAGUGGUCGAUCGCUUCAAGUGUUCAUAUCACUUUGGUCUGGCUGCCGGAGGAGUCUUCGACGACAACCACAGCGAUGAUGACGACCAAAUCGUUACGCCAACACCCAGCCGCAAGAGAAAGCGUUACCUCCAUAACACCAUCCUGAGCCCGCAGCAAGCCGGAAGACUUGAGCAGAUUGUCAGUCUCGGCCUUCUCUGCACUGGCAGUGUCUCUCCUGGCCAAUACGGUAUCUCAAUCCGCGAUCUUGACAUUGAGAAGGUUUAA